AUGACGUGCGUCAAGACUCUCCUUUUUGCCUUUGUGGCUCUCUCGAUUACGCUCAUGACUGUAGCGCAGGCCGCACAGCCAACCAUCAGCCACAACGCUGCUGUUCGUCGCCAUGCUGCCAUGAUGCAGACGCGUCCUGCUCGCCGUUCUGUCGCAGUCGGAGACGGCAAGAUGAUGGUGCAAAAGAGACAGACCGCCGAGCAAAUCGCGCAGGCGGCUGAUCAGAAAAAGUGGAACGAUGACUUCCAUGCCAAGAACGCAGAAUGGCAGCAGGCUGCCAUCGCUGCUCUCGGCAAAGGCCAGACUCCACCUAGUUACGACGAGUACUGGAGUGGCAAGUCUAGCGGCUCCUCGUCUCCAUCUUCGUCCAGCGCCGACUCUUCUUCUUCCUCGUCUUCUUCUUCUUCACCCUCGUCUUCUUCCUCCGACACUGGCUCUUCCGACCAGUCCUCGACCACUCCUGCCAAGGAACAGCAGCAGCAGCAGCAGCAGCAGCAGCAAGUUCAAACAAGCAGCGCCGCUGCUGCUGCUGCUACCGCCAACACCGAGUCCACCUCAACACAACACGACUCUGGCUCCGAGUCGGAUGAAUGUGAAGAGGACUCGACCACCGACUCGACUGGCUCGAGCGCUGGUCCGAGUUCGACGUCUGCCAAAGGCGCUGCUGCGGCUGCUGCAACGGGAAGCAAGAAUCACGCUGCUCAGAACAAGCCCGAUGCUGGAUCCUCUUCAUCGUCGUCGGAGGCCACUUCAGGACACUACGGUGGACAGGCGACCUACUACGCGCCUGGAUUGGGCGCUUGUGGCUGGACCAACGGAGAAUCGGACUACAUUGUUGCGAUUUCAGCGUCGCUAUUUGACUCAUUUGGCACUGGUAACCCGAACAAGAACCCGGUUUGCGGCCACAAGAUCGCGGCGACGUAUGGAGGUAAGACGAUCACCGUCUCGGUUGCUGACCGAUGUGUGGGAUGUGGAUGGGGCGACCUUGACUUUACGCCGACUGGCUUCUCUCAGCUGGCGGACAUGUCCAAGGGUCGCCUGGAUGGGUUGAGCUGGUCGUGGAUCGGCGCGGGACCCAAGUAG